GAGGUGGUGGGAGCUGAAUGGGGUGUGGGCUCAUUUCUAUUCGUCCACAGGCACCUCCGCAAUCUUCUUUUUUCUUUUUUUAUUCCCCCCUGGAUAUAACUCGGAGAAAUAGUGUCUGUCAAGUUUGCUGCCACCUGGGCUCAACACAGCUGAAUCAAUUUUGGAGGAUACCCUUGCUGCAAACCCUCUGGAUGUGCUCCUAGGAGGAGGAGAAGAAACUAAAACAAUUUAGCAUCAUUGCUGUAGUUUGAGAAAAAACAUUUAUUUUGACUUUGGAGAGAGCUACCAGGAGGAUCUGUGUGAUGUCCUAAUCUCCCCCCAUUUGUCCUGCUGAGCAUGGGGUAAUGGUGUUUGACCAUGGUGGUCACCCAGUUACAAUUGGAACUGUGCUUCCAUGGCAAGAAGCUGAGAGGUUUCACCUGCAAGUUGACCAGGUCAGCCAGUGGAUUUCUCCCAGAGACUUCAUUCUCCAUUGCCUCCCAGAUUUUUGUGCCAUUCCUUCUGGCAGGCUUGGGCAUGGUAGCUGCUGGCCUCUUGAUGGAUGUUGUUCAACACUGGGAUGUGUUUCGAACAAUUACAGAAGUUUUUAUCCUGGUUCCUGCUUUGGUUGGACUGAAGGGUAAUCUUGAGAUGACGCUGGCAUCCAGGCUCUCUACUGCUGCUAACACCGGACAGAUGGAUGAUGCCCAGAAGCAAUGGAAAAUGGCCACCUGCAAUUUAGCCCUUAUCCAGGUCCAGGCCACUGUGGUGGGACUUCUGGCUGCUGUUGCUGCUGUGAUCCUGGGAGCCAUCUCCAAGGGCUCUGUGGAGCUGAGCCAGGCUGCCGUGCUGUGUGCUAGCAGUGUGACCACAGCCUUCAUAGCUGCACUUUCUCUUGGUCUGGUGAUGAUUGGUGUGAUCAUUGGAGCAAGGAAAGUUGGGAUCAAUCCAGACAAUAUCGCCACACCCAUAGCAGCAAGCCUUGGAGACUUGAUAACCCUUUCCCUGCUGGCAGGAAUCAGCAGUACACUCUUCAAAUACAUAGAGCUGGAAUAUGUGAAAUACCUUUCUCCUCUGAUCUGUGCUGUUUUCAUUGUCAUGAUCCCUCUCUGGGUUGCUAUUGCCAAGCAAAGUCCUUCCCUUGCCGAAGUCCUGAAAUCUGGAUGGCAGCCGGUCAUUGUUGCAAUGAGCAUCAGCAGCAUUGGUGGGCUUAUCUUGGACAAAACUGUAACUGACCCAAACUUUGAAGGCAUGGCAGUUUUCACACCUGUGAUUAAUGGUGUUGGAGGGAAUCUGGUCGCCAUCCAGGCCAGCCGUAUUUCCACAUUCCUGCACUUCUGGAGCAUGCCUGGAGUUUUGCCAUAUAAGAUGAGGCAGAAUUGGCCCAACCCAUGCACCACAUUCUUCUCCUCAGAGGUGAAUUCCAAGUCAGCCCGAGUCCUGUUCCUCCUGGUUAUCCCAGGGCACCUUGUGUUCCUCUACACCAUCCAUCUGCUGCAGGGAGGCCACACGUCUCUGUCCUUCACCUUUGUGAUGUUCUAUCUGACUGCUGCUUUGCUGCAGGUGGGAAUCCUGCUCUACAUGGCUGACCUAAUUGUGCGCCUGAUGUGGAGGAAGGCGCUGGAUCCGGAUAAUUUCUCCAUUCCCUACCUCACUGCCUUGGGGGAUCUCCUGGGCACCGGAUUUCUGGCUGUCUGUUUCCGCCUGGUUUGGCUUGUCCAUGGCACAGACAUGAACCUUGGGAACUGA